UUAAUUUCGUGUUAGAUAGAGAUUUUUGGAGCUCAUUGUUUGGGCAUACACACGACGGAUGGUUGGAGUCAGCGGUAAAUAAAUUGUUAAUUAAUUCUUUUAAAAGUUAAUUGUUUUUUAGUCAAUAACAAAAGUAUCAUGUGUGCAGCAUAUAACCAUUUGGUACCGACUUUUGAUGGAGAGACGGUUUGAGAGCGACCGACAUACAAUAAUGCCUCCAAAUUUUUUUGUUUCUCAUGCUUUGGAAGAAGGACAGGACUGGAGGGCGUUUAUGGCUGGUAUUGCUACAUACCCCAACUUCAUGGUUGCUUGGUGGGAUGUUGAUACGGUCUUAUUGCCGAUUCAUUCAUCCCCUAAUCAUUGGCUAUUUGGGGAACUACGAUUAGCGUCAAUGGAAGUGCAUAUUUAUGACAGUCUUGGUAGAGGUGCUUAUGAAAAAUUCCAAUCCGAAGGAAUCUUUUCCAAAUUUGAACGUCGGGUGGCAAAUUAUUUUGACAAGAUUAAGUAUUGGGCGCGGAGGAACAUCCCAAGGAUUCCAUUGAAUAUGCAAUUCAUUUAUGAAGAAAACGUUCCCCAACAAAGUAGUCAUUUGGGAGAUUGCGGUGUUUUUCUUUGUAUGUUUAUGGAGCAAUUGGUUUCAGGUCAACCAAUACGUGUUCUUAUUGACCCAAAGAACGCAGCUUUAGAGUUCCGUCUCCGGAUGGCAAAAAUUAUUUGGGGGUCUAGUCUUGCUCCUCUGUAGUUGGAUUAUAUAAAUGUAUAUACAAAUUAAUGUUGGAUUUCAUUAUUAGUUUAUC